ACUUUUUUUCAGGUUACGACCUUGACCAUGUUGGAUGAUUGGAUGUCAGUAAACCAUAAAACAAAUGCAGCUCACAAUAUCUUAAAGACUGGCAGGACCACAGAACAAACCUGAAGAUUUGCCAUUCAUUUACCAUCACAUAGUAACCUUCUAUAAUUUUCAAAAAUCCUGGAUUUCAUGAACAGCAACCCUCCAACCAGUACCAUGCAGAAUAGUACAUAUCCUUGGGUGACUCCAACAUCUCUUAGUCACAAAAGUUGGCCUCCUGGAUACCAGGCCAGUUUAACUGACCUCUUUCUUAAGAAGAACCCCCUUCAUUUUGGAACAGGCAUUUCUCAGUUAGCUGCAGCAUCUAGCUACAUAGAAAAAAUGUCAUCAUUCAAUGAGCAUUCACAAAAGUGCCCCCACCCAGAUGCUAAGGAUAAACCCUACCCAUGUGAGGUUUGCCAGCAGUAUUUCUCUCUUUACAGCAGUCUGAAGUCCGACGGAGCCUGCAGUAGUAGCAGCUCCUGCAACAUGUCUACUCAUCCUAGUAUCAGCCGACCACUCAGUGCUCCACCUGACCGUAAACAGGUGCCACCAACAUCACAAUCUCCCACUUUGACUGCACAGAGCUCCAGCCAUCCCCAGCAGGCUCCUCUUGCUCUUCUUCCUCCUCCUCCUCCUCCACCACCACCACCACCUUCCAUGCCUGAAAGAUGUCAGGCAAACCAUGUUGACUCCCAAAUGAGCCAACAUCACCCCCGUCGGCCUCGGCCAGCACCAACCAAGCAGUUUAUGUGUCCCGUUUGUCACAAGUACUUCACUCAGAAGGGUAAUCUAAAGACUCACAUGAUGAUUCACACAGGAGAGAAACCUUACUCCUGCCAGGUUUGUGGUAAAAGCUUUACUCAAAAAGGCAAUGUUGAUACACACAUGAAGAUUCACACAGGAGAGAAGGAAUUCUCGUGUGAUUCCUGUGAUAAACGCUUUACCCAGAAGGGAAACCUUAAGACACACAUACGGAGUGUGCAUACCAAAGAAAAGCCAUUUGCGUGUGGAGUUUGUGGGAAAUGUUUUUCUCAGCGUGGAAAUAUGCACACUCAUGUGAGAACCCAUAACAAGGAUGAUCGUUUCCCUUGCACUAUGUGUGGCAAAACCUUUUCACAAAAAGGAAACUUGAAAACUCACAUGCAGCGUCACACUGGUCAGCUGCCUUCUCGUCGUUAUGGUUCUCGAGGUGGUUCACGUUCCUGCCCCAUUGGACCGCGUCCAAUGCUUCAGGGCUCCAGAUCCAACAUAAACCAGUUUUCAUCUUUUUCACUUCAUGACUCCUCUCCAGCUCCACCUGCUCAUGGGUCUCCACAAACCCAUUCUCCCUCUCUUAACCCUAUUAAUCUUGGCAAAUCCUCUCAAACUCAAAAUGCCCCACCAAGGCCUACUCCUAGCCCCUUUCAAAAUGUUCCAAAAGCAGCACCAGAAUCACAUUCCCAAUCAGUUCCUUCUCGCAGCUCUCCUCUUCCUCAGGUAUCUGCAAACUCCUCCUUAGGAGGGAUCCAUAGAACACCCUCAUCUACUCAGCCAUCAUCUGUUUCUAGCCCAUCACCCCCCAGCAUGUUGAGUCACCCAUCAUCAUCAGUAUAUCCCCACCAGCCAUCUCCAACUCUUGCACCCCAUUCAGAAUGUAUGAUCCACCCCAUGAUGCAUAGUCCCCCUGUCAACAAUUCUCAGAUGGGUCAUGGAAAAAGCCCAUCCCCUUGUGGCACUCCUGGUCAGCUGCAGUUCUCUGAACAAGAGAGUCGGCCCUUCUACUCUGCUCCGCCCACCCCAGUUCCAGCUCCACUGGCUCAUUCCCCAAGGUGGCUCUCUCAUGGCUACCAGAGACAUUAUAGUAGCUUUCAAGCCCCGUCAUCUAUGAGUUCCUACAGUCCCAUCUCUCAACACCCCACUCCUCUUUCACGUCUUGCUCUUCUCAGCUCAAAUGCAAUGGCUCAUCAUACGUUAGGAAGUCCUCUUUCUGAUGAUAAACAUAACACCAGCGCUCCUGGAUUAUCAGGCCAUCACAUGUCGGACGACCAUUUUCACUCAUCAACUAGCCCCGACUUUUCCCAGUUGCUCGAUUGAGAGAACUAACUUCGCAACAUUUUGUAGUAAAGAUGCUAGUUAAUAUGUCAGUGGUUUCUAAAAUAGAUGAUUCAAGUGCGUAGUGGAGAAUUCAAAUUCAUCCUUUGAUCAAAGGACAAUUUAAUCUAAGCGUUUUUAGUGACAAAAAGUUAACUUGAAACGAGAGUAUAUACGAACAUAACCUAGAUAUGUCACAAUCAAAUUUACCAGAGUUUAGAAUUUUUCUAGUUAGUUCAUCUUACUCAAGGUGAUAGCAUUCCGAGAAAAGUGAACUAUACACAGUGUACUUUUCCAUUUGGAAGUUUGUUUUUUUCAUCUCUAUACAUCAGGACUUUGUUCUUUGUAAACUCUCUUAAUCGUAAUAAUGAAACGUUUACUGUCACAACUUGUGACCCUGUACAGUCAUUUGAUACGGAAUGGUUUUGUAUGUUUCAUUGUUAGGAAAUCUUAAAGGAUGCAGGUAGUGGUGCUUUUGUUUGAACUGUGAUAAUGCAACAAGACUGGAGCAUAAAGAUGACGUGGUAUACGUAUCACCCCGACUCCUACUCUAGGCUUCAGUGACUGGAACUGUUUGGUCGCUGCAACAAGAGUGGUGAUUUUGGAAACCGGUGAGAGGGAAUAAGACUAUUUUUAAAUAAGUAUCGGCAGGGCUCGAAAUUAGGGGUGGAAAGCUGGCGAAAAGCCAGUGGGUUCUGGUAUGUAGCCACUGACCAUAAAGGGUCACUGGCAUUUUUUUUGUUAGUUGAUAAUUCAGCCCAUUUAUUAAACCGUAGUUUAAAAUAAUUAACAACAACAAAAGUGUGGAAAUAAAAUGCUACAAUAAUGUUUUGUCAGCGGCCAGGAAAAUUGUUUUCGAGUCCUGGGUACUCAAUCUGCGUAUGCGUGUACAUAAUGGAACAUUUUAGUGUGUUUGUGAAACAAGCAUUUGUAUUCUGUACUUAUUAUAUAAUCCUUUUUGUUGAACACGGCAGCUGUUAGACGAGAUUAUGGCCUGUUCACUUCAAUUUUGAAAAUGAAGGUUCCUCGAGUAACUUUAAAGUGGUGCUGUUUGUUAAAAGAUUUCUUUACAAAGUAGCAGUAGCUGGCACCUCAACACUUAGCCUGCUGUAGCAGUAACUGGCACAGCAACACUUAGCCUGUUGUAGCAGUAACUGGCACAGCAACACUUAGCCUGCUGUAGCAGUAACUGGCACAGCAACACUUAGCCUGCUGUAGCAGUAACUGGCACAGCAACACUUAGCCUGCUGUAGCAGUAACUGGCACAGCAACACUUAGCCUGUUGUAGCAGUACUGGCACAGCAACACUUAGCCUGUUGUAGCAGUAGCUGGCACAGCAACACUUAGCCUGUUGUAGCAGUAACUGGUAUCUCAACACUUAGCCUGUUGUAGCAGUAACUGGCACAGCAACACUUAGCCUGCUGUAGCAGUAACUGGCACCUCAACACUUAGCCUGUUGUAAAUUUUGCACAAGUACCUGUAUGUUUGGAAGGUGGUGCCAGCUUUAUUGUUUAUUUGUAUAUACAGAGUGUUCUAAUGAUGCAAUUUUUCAUUGUUGGUUCCUUCUGAAGGAAUUGGAGAUUGAAAAAACAAUUUUUUUUUAGUCAAUUAAUGUUAAGUUUGUAUGAAAGUUUAAGUUUGCUGAAUGAUAAACAUUCAGAGAAAAAAAUAGUUCAGACAGUGAAAAAAAUGUUUUUGAUUUUGUUGAGAAAAAAAAAAA